AUGGUGGAUAACGCCAAUGCUAGUGACGGAUUGAAGAUCACCUAUCGGAGCAUGUGCCUCGACGGUACCACGCUCAAAGACACAAAUGUGUGCGAGGGCAUCCAUGUAGGGGACGAGGUGCAGUUCGAGGUGACUCUGGAAGCUACUCAUUGUGUUAAGAAGAGGGACUUCGUGCUGCGUAUAGGUCCUUCCGGUCUGGAUGAGACACUCAUUGUCAAUGUAAAAGUGCUGUGCGACUGCGAUUGUGAACAGGAGGACCGUAUCGUGGAAAACACUGAAGAUUGUCAUGGUGGAGACAUGGUGUGCGGUGUUUGUCGUUGUAAAGGCGGAAAUGUUGGUCGUUAUUGCGAAUGUAAUCGACCGGGCAUGAGCACUGCUGCUUUGAAUGAAAAAUGCAAGAGGACAAAUGAAUCAGCUAUCUGUGAAGGUCGUGGAGUGUGCAACUGUGGUCGUUGUGAAUGCAACCCUCGUCAGGUAUGA